AUGAAUCCUAAUGAUGAACAGUAGAGAUUAUACUAAAUGUUCUCAUAAAUGGCAGGACCUGAUCCAUAUGGUAGGAUGCUCCAAGUACCAAAUUCUCCUUAUUAUCCUUGCUGGGGACCCCCUUUUCCUUAACCAAUGAUGGCACCACCUUAAAAUCAAAAAUAUCAAUUUCCUGAAUAGUUCGUCCAUGACUAGGCUCUUUAAAUGAAUCAAAUUCCACCCAAUUAAAGUGGAUUAAAUAUGAAUGGUAUUCCAUAAGGUAUGCAAAAUAUGCCACCAAUGCCUAUGGGCUUACCUCCAGGUUUUGCUAUGCCUCCUAUGGGCCCUGGAUAAAUGCCACCAGGACCUAUGGGAGCUGGGCCAAUGGGACCUCCUCCAAUGGGUGGAAUGGGAGCGAUGGGAGCUAUGGGAGGUAUGAGUGCAAUGGGACCAGGCGGAAUGUAAUUACCUGGAAUGGGACCUAUGCCAUAAGGACCUCUAGGUUAAAUGCCUCCUCCAUUUGAUUUUUAAUUUAAAUAGCAGCCUCCAAUGCAACCAUAAAUGAAUCAAAAUUAAUUAAUGCCUCCCCAACAACCAUCAAUUUAAUAACAACAUUAACCUUAAUAAUAACACUAACCAUAAUAGCAACAAUAAUAAUAAUAAUAAACUCCAUAAUAAUAACCUUUAUAACAAUCUUCUGCAUAAUCAGCCUAAAAUAAUAAUAAUGCACAUUUGGAAUAAGGAUUUUCACAAGUGGUCAAUGAGUUUUAACUUAAAAUUUUAAAUAUGUUUGUGUAGUAAAAUCAGAUGCUAUUGGAUUUCAAGAAUAAGAAUGCGAACUUGGAAAAUACUAUUACAUCCAUAUUAGAUGAAAUAACAAAUCUGCAAAAAAUAGUGGAAUAAAAAUUUGAUAACGGCCAAGCGGACGACUUUUUGAGUAGAUAGUCAAUACCAAACUAAGAAAUGACAUAAAACAAUAUUUUAUUGAAGUCUUUAUAAUAUAAUUAGAAUGAUUUCCAAUAUUAAUUGGUGUUGACUAAUGAUUUAGAAUAACCAUUAUUCAAAGACAAGAAUUUUAAUUUGGAUAUUGCUCUCAAAGAUAUGAAAGGGAUCAACAUUAAAAAUCAUAAUAAAAUAGAAUUAGAAGUUCAAUUAUUUUCAUCAGAUGAUAAACCUGUGCUUCUAAUUUAAAAUUCUUAAAACCAAUAAAUUUUAAGAUAGCCAGAAGAUAAUAUUUGGUUGGAAGAGGGAAUCUCAAAUAUUGAAAAACUAUAGAUAAAUGAAGUGACAUCUCAUUAUUAGAACGGCUGGAUAUAUUUAAUUGUUUAUCCAAUAAAAAAUGAUGCCAAAAUUGCAUAAGGUGAGAUUAAUCCAGCUUAAAUCAAACCAUUGAUUUAUAAGGUCAGUGUAAAAUCAAAGAAAACUUAGAAAAAGUCAUCGCGUUCAAGAUCGAGAUCUCACGAAAGGUUACGUAGACUUGAAAAAUUAGACAACAAGUCAAGUUCAGAAUCUGAAAAUCACAUUUAAUUAGAAAUCAAGAACCUUGACGCUAAUGUUGAAAUGUAAUAAGAAAAAGAGAAUGAAAAUAAUGAUAAAUAACAAGGGCAAUUAGAAUAAGAAUAAGAAUAGUAAUAAGAAUAAUAAGAAUAAUUAUAAUAGCAACAACAAUAUGAAUAAUAAUAAUAAAAAUAAGAACAUGAAUAAUAAUAAUUAUUAUUAUAAUAAUAACAAUAGUAACAGUAAUAUGAAUAAUAAUAAAAUGAAUAGUAAUAAUAACAAUAAUAGCAAUAAUAAUAAUAAUAACAAUAACAAUGUGAAUAAGAAAAAUUAGAAUAAUAAUAAGAAUAGGAAUAAGAAUAAUAAUAAGCAUAGGAAUUAUAAUAACAAUAAUAAUAGUAAUAAUAACAAUAAUAAUAAUAAUAAUAACAAGAAUAAGAAUAAUAAUAGCAAUAAGAAUAACAAGUUUAAUAAGAAUAAUCAAAAGAAAAAGAUGAGGUACAUUAGAAUAAUGAAUCUGAACUGUGA